AUGGUCGAUGAAGAAGCGCUUUUGAAUUCAGGAGUGAGAAAAGACGGUGUUUAUACCAUCAAUCCUGAUGGCCUGGGACCGUUUCAAGUCAGAUGUGAUAUGAGCACAGACGGGGGUGGGUGGACCGUGUUUCAAAGAAGACAAGAUGGAAGUCAAGAUUUCUAUCGUGGAUGGUCAGACUAUAAAGCAGGCUUUGGUGAUCUUAACGGCGAGUUCUGGUCGGGCCUUGAUAAAAUACAUCGUUUAACCAAAUCUGGCCAAAAUGUUUUAAGAGUUGAUUUGAUGGAUUUCAAUGGCGCCAAGGCUUACGCUAAAUAUGGAACGUUUAGUGUGGCUGAUGAAUCAGACAAAUACAGAUUAAAUAUUGACGAUUAUUCAGGUGACGCAGGUGAUUCUCUUGAUUAUCACAAUCAAAUGCAGUUCACUACCAAGGAUAAUGACAAUGAUGCUCGAAGUUAUGGUAAUUGUGCUACGCGCCACAAAGGAGGUUGGUGGUACAAUUUCUGUCGUUAUUCCGACCUCAAUGGCCUGUACAGCGUGAUAAAAUGGAAGGCAUGGUACACUUAUUAUCCAAUGAAAAAGACGGAAAUGAAAGUUCGUCCAAACCAGUUCUAA